AUGAUUGGGAUCCUAACAAGAAAGCUCUUGAGGAAAGCCGGGUUAUCAAGCAGGGGUGCUCAUCCCAAACACGUAAGACCCCGAACUUCCUUAAGGCUGGCGGUAUCUGAAACGGCACUGCUGGGCGGCGGCCAGCAUCCCCUGCACCAAGAGAUUGCGGCUCUAGCACACGCAGUGGCUUCCCCGGAGAAUGCUGCAAAGAUUUUGGUAGCACGUGAAGCUCUGUUGGCAAAGAGCAACGAGCACGUGCUCCUCGACACGGCCGGAAUCAUCGGCUUCUUUGCGACCAUCACUGUGGUGGUGGACUUCACGGGCCACUACAGCGAUGACAUCCUCAAGAAGACAGAGAUGAUGGCGGCAGUUAUCUCCGGUGGCCGACGCUUUCGUGCGACUCUCCGAUCCAGCCUCUGUCUUCCCGGGGCCUCGAGGUUUUAA